CUUCGAAUACGUGACUAACGUGCACGCGUCUUCGUGUCUUCCAGCCAUCGGAUCACACCUCUGCCCGUCUGUUACUAAUCCACAAGGACCAUCGCACUAAGGGCCCAUCCUCCUCAGACCAUAGCUCCAAACCUUGAAGAGCCCUCGCUCACCCUUUGGGCAAUGGCACAGGGAUUCAAGGCCAGCAAGCCUAGCGCUUCGACAAGCAAGGCGUCCAGGUCGGGAAGGAAGAGCAAAUCUUCGGCGGGUCCAAAGAUCGGUCAGAGGGUGGUGCCACCCAAGAAGGCCAAGGCAGUCAAGCAGGCAAACAACCUGAGAAAACAACAAGCGUCCAUCACAACGCGAAUUGAAGGCGAAAUGGCGGGCAGAGCUUCCAACGGACCCUUGACCAUCAUGAAGAGCGCUGCGGAUGGUGCGGCGGCCGAGAAGGCUGCUCAACAAAAGAAGAAGGGCAAGUGAGCUGUAAUCCAACAUGCAGUCAUCACGCUCUGCUCGGUCACUAUGCAGAGCCAUCACGAGUUUUAUCGGGGGGCACACAUUCUGAGGAACGCUCGCCAUCACACCUCGAGACGGCGAGGGCUUGCCGAACAGUCUCUCAUUUAUGCAGAGCAUCAUGCGGACUCGGUCGUCUUGAUUAUAACGUGUCUCGACCGUCGAAGCUCACCCGACAUCGCAGCAUCAGACAGUUGCCCCGUUAGAUGCCCCAUCGGAUGAGGUGACUAUGGUGGAGGCAGUGGCAUUGUGCCCGGGAGAACAUUCCAUGUUCCAUGUUGUAUUGGCAGCACCGUCAGCUACGAGUAUGUCCUUGUUUUACCCUGCACGUCCACAGCGCAUGAAGAUGGGGGCCACUCAAAGCGAUGACGGCCUUCGAAGCGCCUCUUUCAUGAGUGAGGCAGGUAUGCGUGCGGCAAAGGGAAAUUCAUGCGGUCUUUCUUUG